UACUACAAAAGUACUUCCUGAGUUUAGGGAAGGGGCUUGGUCCCGUGCCCGCGCAGCCGCCGCGGGGACGCGCAUCAAAUGAGCAUCGAUGAAGUUUGUGCGAACAUGGCGGAUUUCCUGCCGACCAGGUCCGUGCUAAAAGUUUGCCUGCCCGUCUGCCUGCUCAACAACGGCGAGGUCGAGCAGCUGCGAAAGUCCAGGGAGAUCGACCGAUGCCUCUCCCGGGAGAAGACGUACGUGAAGCGGCUGGUGAAGAUCCUGCUGCUGGGCGCGGGCGAGAGCGGCAAGUCCACCUUCCUCAAGCAGAUGCGGAUCAUCCACGGCCAGGACUUCGACCAGCACGCCCGGGAGGACUUCAGAGCCACGAUCUACAGCAACGUGAUCAAAGGUGUUCGUGUGUUGGUGGACGCGCGGGAAAAGCUGCACAUCCCGUGGGGUGACCCAAACAACCAGCAGCACGGGGACGGCCUCAUGGCGUUCGACACCAGGUCGGCGAAGAUGGCCAGUGGGCAGUUGGAGAUGUCGGUCUUUCUGCGGUACCUGCCCUCCAUUAAAGCGCUGUGGGUGGACUCGGGCAUACAGAACGCCUACGACCGUCGCAGGGAGUUUCAGCUGGGCGAGUCGGUGAAGUAUUUCUUGGAUAAUCUGGAUAAACUCAGCGAGCCGGAUUAUCUUCCCAGUCAACAGGACAUCCUGCUGGCUCGUAAACCCACCAAGGGCAUCCACGAGUAUGACUUUGAGAUCAAGAACGUUCCCUUUAAGAUGGUGGACGUGGGAGGGCAGCGGUCCGAGCGGAGACGCUGGUUCGAGUGUUUCGACUCCGUCACCUCCAUCCUCUUCCUCGUCUCCUCCUCUGAAUACGACCAGGUGCUGAUGGAGGACAGGCAGACCAACCGCCUUCGUGAAUCCCUCAACAUCUUCGAGACCAUCGUCAACAACCGCGUCUUCGUCAACGUUUCAAUCAUCCUCUUCCUCAACAAGACGGACCUGCUGGAGGAGAAGGUGAAAAGCGUUCCCGUCAAGGACUAUUUCUCCGACUACACCGGUCCCGAGCACAGCCUGCCAGACAUCCAGGCCUUCAUGGUGGAGUGCUUCCGGGCCAAGAGACGCGACACGACGCAGAAACCCCUGUACCACCACUUUACCACAGCCAUCAACACGGAGAACAUCAGGCUGGUGUUCCGGGACGUCAAAGACACCAUCCUCCACGACAACCUCAAGCAGCUCAUGCUCCAAUGACCCCCGCAACCUGUGAAAAUAGAGGACCUGAAUGGGGACAAACCACCCCCUCGCUCCUACAGAGGCCUUGCGAGAGACCAACCUCCUGAAGAAUCAGACAGACGUCAGCCGCCUUCUUCAGACAUUUUUAUAUUAGAUUUUACUCUCCUCCUUGAAGAGUUGGCCCUCUUGUUAGUUCAGGAUCUGAUUGGGGACUAAGUCACUGGGGCACACUGUGGUAGUAUAGGAAGACGAGAAGCUGCUUCGGGUCUUGGAUAACAUCUGAUCCCUGCUGCUUCAUCAUCCGUCUUUAGCUCUGCUUCGCAGGACGUGACCUGCCGAGGCUUUCAACUGACAGGGUGCCAGUGCUGGCGCCAGUGGAAGUCAGCAAAAAUGAUAUAUAGAGGGAUUUUUCUUUUUACAAACCAGAUGAUUGGUUUCUAAUCCAUAGAUAAAAUUUGCGAAGCAACUACCACAGGAAAUGACCACGGUGGAUGAGUAAAUGACAUGUGAGGUUGGUUAAACUGUAUAGCGACCGUCUGCGCCACAGUCGAUUGGCCAGUUUGUCCAAGCACUGAAUUUAACUAGUUAACUAGUCCGGUUUCACUCCAACAUUGUUCAUGUCUGAGGUGCCCCCUUUUAACUUAGUUUGUAGGAGGAUUUAACAUGCUGAUGAACUACAGAUGGCACCGUUUUGUUUUGUUUUGUUUUUCACCUCACUGCACUGCCUUUCUCCCCCCCUCGUUGCAUCACUCCCCCCGGUUAGAGAGCAGGAGGUUUAGGUACUGGCAUGGAGAACAGCUAAGGAGCUGUUGAUCAUGAAAGCGCUCAGCGCGUUCAGACGCGUGAACCGGCUCCAGCACUGGCACCUUGUCCGUAGAAAACUGCUAAAGAGGGCUCAACCACAAGACUGAACCUUUCUGUGUAAUUUCUUAAGACCUAAUCAUUUUUUUAAACGUUGCUUUAGAUUUAAUGUCGGUCGUUUCUUCUUGAUUUAACUUCACGAUCAUUGAGAUUUCAAGUUUCCAUACAUGUUGUUUGUUUUUUACCUUCAUUGGCACAUCAGGCAGGUUUGCCAGUAAGUGAGCAUGCAGUCGACUACCUUCUCAGGGCUGAAUCAAAACCGGUGUUGAUGCUGAUGUCGUCAUUGGUAAACGAACUGAAUAAUCUGUGAUCUUCUGGGUGGUCGUGGUGGGACUCACUCACGCCUCCGGACCGUGGGUUGAGUGGCGUUCAAGUACUGCAUCCUCCUGACAUUUACCCAGACUCCUCCUCUGUCUUUCUGUCCUCAUCUCUGAUUGGUCGCCUUGUAAAGAGAAAGACAUCCCCUCUGCAUGAAUCGUGAAUGUCUGUUUAUAAUUGUACAGAGAUUUACUCUUGAUUAUUUGAAUAUACUGUAACUAAAAAAACAAAUUGUGGUAAUUAGUAACCCAUCAUGUGAGAGUAUCUGUGUUGGCACUGAGUUGUGACUGCAAGCAUCUUUGAGAGAACAUUGAACAUUUCCUUUUUGUUUUGUCCGUUCUUCAUGCAGUCUCGGGCGGUUUAGGACUUCCCUCUAAAAUCUGCGUUGUAAUUUUGUAAAACAAAUGUGACCAAAAAAAAAAAAAAAGCUACUGGAGUUGAAUACGUUUGUCGGCUACUGUUCUCUGAAGGGGGGGCGAUCUUUGUUAGAGGACAAUUUCCAGACACUGUUAACAUCUGUUUUUCUGCCAGAUCACUCUUUGCUCUCUCAGGACUAUUCACAUCAGCCUUUGUUUGUUUGUUGUUUUUUUCAGAAAUUAAGCUUUCCAGAGCUUUAGCUUGCUUCCAGUCCUGGCUUUUGUAAAUACUGUAAUCUGUUGCCGUGUAAAUAAUAUUCCAGUUUAUCUCCUUACAUGUAAAUGGUUGUAGAAAUGGCAUUUUUUUUUCCAUUCUUGAUAUUUUGUUUUUUCAAAUCACUGCUUUUCCAAUGAAGAUGAUCUUUUGAUGUAGAUGUUUCGUGUAAUUUUUCUUUCCAUCACUUUUUUUGAAAAUCAUUGUCUUGUCCAGCCUCAUGCCACUCUGAACCUUAUCAAUAAAUCACCCUUUUCUAAUGA